CAUUUCUCUCUCUCUCGAAGCUCGCGCCCUCUCUAAUGGCGGAUUCAGACUCUGAGCCCGAGAUUACUGGUUGUUGCUGGAGGUUCUUUCUCAGGUUACGCAACUUCCUCUUCUCCCGAAACACUGCUGGUUCUGAUGCAGACUCUACUGUUGCUAAUUCUUCUGGUAUUCCUGAUGCUACUGUUGUUGACUAUAGCCCUGAGGCAGUUCAAGCUCGUUUGAAGGAGGUACGAAACCGUGAAAAAGGCUCUAAGCGAAAUGGAAAGAAGAAGCAAGUUCUACCUGCUGCUGUAGCUGCCGAAUUGAAAGUGAAGAAAGAGAAGAGUGAAGCCGCCAAGAAGAAAGAGCACAAGAAAAAGAAGCACUUCCACGAUUUUUGAACAAAAAGGCUUUAAUGGAGGAGAUAUAUCAAGGUAAAUGAUAGAACUUAUAGAACUUGCUUCUCUAAUCAUGAUGGGUGAGGAAAUGGAUUCUGUGGUAUAAUAAAUAUAGCUAUAAUGA